AUGUCCUUCCCCCAGCUCGGAUACCAGUACAUCCGUCCGCUCUACCCACCCGAGCGCCCGGGGGCCGCCGCCGGCGGUGGCAGCGCUGGGGCCCGGGGCGGCCCGGGAGCCGGCGCCUCGGAGCUGGCUGCCUCAGGGUCCCUGUCCAACGUGCUCUCGUCCGUGUACGGGGCGCCCUACGCCGCGGCGGCAGCCGCAGCCGCAGCCGCCCAAGGCUACGGCGCCUUCCUGCCCUACGCCGCCGAGCUGCCCAUCUUCCCUCAGCUGGGCACGCAGUAUGAGCUGAAGGACAGCCCCGGGGUGCAGCAUACGGCCGCGGCCACCGCGUUUCCGCACCCGCACCCCGCCUUCUACCCGUAUGGCCAGUAUCAGUUCGGGGACCCAUCCCGUCCCAAGAACGCCACCCGAGAAAGCACUAGCACGCUCAAGGCCUGGCUCAACGAGCACCGCAAGAACCCCUACCCCACCAAGGGCGAGAAGAUCAUGCUGGCCAUCAUCACCAAGAUGACCCUCACCCAGGUGUCCACCUGGUUCGCCAACGCGCGCCGGCGCCUCAAGAAGGAGAACAAGAUGACCUGGGCGCCCCGUAGCCGCACCGACGAGGAGGGCAACGCUUACGGGAGCGAGCGCGAGGAGGAAGAUGAGGAGGAGGAUGAAGAAGACGGCAAACGCGAACUGGAGCUGGAGGAGGAGGAGCUCGGGGGGGAGGAGGAGGACCCCGGGGGCGAGGGCCUGGCAGACGACGAGGAGGACGAGGAGAUCGAUUUGGAGAAUUUAGACGGCGCGGCCGCGGGGCCCGAGCUGGCCCUGACGGGGGCGUCGCACAGGGACGGCGACCUCGGCCUGGAACCCAUCUCAGACUCCAAGAAUAGCGACUCGGACGACAGCUCCGAGGGCUUGGAGGAGCGUCCGCUGCCCGUCCUGAGUCUGGCCCCAGUGCCACCGCCCGUAGCCACGGCCCCGCCAUCUCCGCCCUCGCCCCCAGUGGGCCUGGACCCCUGCGCUCCUGCACCGGCGCCCGCCUCGGCCCUGCAGAAACCCAAGAUCUGGUCCCUGGCCGAGACGGCCACAAGCCCGGACAACCCGCGCCGCUCGCCUCAGGGCGCGGGGGGCUCUCCCCCGGGGGCAGCGGUCGCGCCCUCGGCCCUGCAGCUCUCUCCGGCCGCCGCCGCCGCCGCCGCGGCUCACAGACUCGUCUCGGCGCCGCUGGGCAAGUUCCCCGCUUGGACCAACCGGCCGUUCCCAGGCCCUCCGCCUGGCCCACGUCCGCACCCGCUGUCCCUGCUGGGCUCGGGCCCGCCACACCUGCUGGGACUUCCCGGAGCCGCGGGCCACCCGGCCGCCGCCGCUGCCUUCGCUCGGCCGGCGGAGCCAGAGGGCGGAACAGAUCGCUGUAGUGCCUUGGAAGUGGAGAAAAAGUUACUCAAGACAGCUUUCCAGCCGGUGCCCAGGCGGCCCCAGAACCACCUGGAUGCCGCUCUGGUCUUAUCGGCUCUCUCCUCAUCCUAG